AUGCGUUUGCCCUGGGCUCGGCUUGCUGCAUGUCCCAACGACCCUGCGGGCUUGCUGACAGCUGCAGCGUUACCAGUGCCACAGGCAGAAGCUGCGAGACGGCUUUUGAUUGUUUGGCACUCACGAACCGGCAUGGCGGAGCAAAUGGCUCAAGCCCUGCACCGCGGUGCCAAACAGGCGGCGCUGGAGAUGGAGGCUUCCAGCGACUUGGUGAUUGACAUCUUGCGGGCCAAUGAAGUGCAGGUUCCACAGUUGCUCUGUGCCGACGGAUUCCUCUUCUGCGCACCGGAAAAUUUGGCGACCAUGAGUGGUGAGAUGAAGGAGUUCUUUGACCGUUCCUACUACGGCGCCCUGGGUCGCCUCACCGCUCGCCCCUACGGCUGCGCCAUCGCCGCCGGCAGCGACGGCCGGGGCGCCGCCGCGCAGCUGCAGCGGAUCUGCCAGGGCUGGCGCUUGAAGCCCGUGGCGGAGCCUUUGGUGUUGCGCAACGGCGCUCAGAGCCCCGAAGCUGUCGCGAGAGCCAAGACGUUGAGCGAGGCCCAACGGACGCCAUGCCUCGAGCUGGGUGGGUUGGUGGCAGCUCAUUUGCUCUUGCAAAGCUAG